AUUAGUUUAUCAAUUGGAAGAGACCUGAUCUCCUUCACAGAGUGCCAAGUUUGAAUCAACAUAAUACCACUCAUUCAUUCACUUGCAAAUAUAUACUACUAUUUGCGGCAUAUGGACAUCACACAGAAAUACUAAAAGUCAAGUGAAAGCAAAUUGCACUUUGCUAAAAUUUUCCUCAUCAGUACCUCUCAAAGGAAUAUCGGCUGCUAACUAAUAGAGCCUGAAGCGCAUUUUCUUGUGGAGAAUCCACUCAAACGUCAGAAAUAUUACUCGACACGUGGACGUGGCUUCUAAAGUGAACUGUCUGUGACCCGAAAUGGUUGAGAAAACGUAUUAUUUGGAUGACAAGGUUCCAAAUGGCGCUGAGCCAGGAGAUCCCGAGAAAACGGAGAAAACAGAAGCUGAGAAGAAAGAUGAAGAGGCGGAGAAUCGUGGAAACUGGUCGGGAAAACUUGACUUCCUGUUCUCUUGUUUAAGUUUUGCAGUUGGUCUCGGAAAUAUAUGGAGGUUCCCUUAUCUUUGUUAUGCAAAUGGAGGAGGUGCCUUUCUCAUCCCUUAUAUAUUUAUGAUGGUACUAGCUGGAAUCCCCAUGGUGUUUAUAGAGAAUUCUAUAGGACAGUACGGGAGUCUAGGUGUUGUAUCUAUAUGGAAACAUUGUGCUCCAUUAUUUGAAGGUACAGGCUGGUGCAUGUUCCUGGUGUCUCUGAUAGCAGGUGUCUACUACAAUAUGAUUAUAGCCUGGACAUUCUUUUAUUUGUUUGCAUCAUUUGCCAAAGAAGUUCCUUGGUCACAGUGUGAAUCACCGUGGGCAAGUCCUGUUUGUGGGGCAUUGAAUCUAUUUGAUUCCAAAAACUGCACUAACCACAAUGGUACAUGGGACAUGGGCAACCAGACCUGCCUAUAUGUAGAAGAUGUAGGGGAAAGUGCCUAUGCUAUACUGAAGAAUCUCACUGCUAACAUGACCAAUGCACUGGAGGCAAGACGUGGUGCUAGCGAUGAAUAUUAUCAUAAUUAUGUGUUAGACAUCUCAGAUGGUCUCCAUAACAUGGGGGCUCCAAGAUGGCAGCUUGUCCUGUGUCUUCUUUUCUCAUGGAUGGUGGUUGUUGUCUGUCUAGCAAAAGGAAUACAAUCUCAGGGAAAAGUGGUGUGGUUCACAAGUUUGUUCCCAUAUAUCGUAUUGUUGAUCUUGCUGGUGAAAGGUGUAACAUUACCUGGUUCAGUAGAUGGGAUCCUCUUCUAUAUAACACCACAGUGGCAUAGAUUGGCCAGUGCUAAGGUGUGGGGAGAUGCUGCAGUGCAGGUAUUCUUCUCUCUGUCUGCCUGUUGGGGAGGUCUCAUCACAUUAGCUAGUUAUAACAAGUUCCAUAAUAACUGUCUCAGAGAUGCAGUAUUUGUAGCAAUUGGGGAUUGUCUCACCAGUAUAUUUGGAGGCUUUGUUAUCUUUGCUGUGAUUGGCUACAUGGCCCAUGUACUGAAAGAGGAUGUAGGGGAUGUGGUGCGUCAAGGUGCAGGGCUUGCAUUUGUUGCUUACCCUGAAGUUGUUGCUAGGUUACCAAUCUCCCCACUGUGGGCAAUCCUCUUCUUCCUCAUGAUCCUCAGUCUUGGAGUUGGAACACAGAUUGGACUCACCCAGACUGUACAGACCACAAUGCUGGAUGUGUUCCCGCACAUAUUCCGACGUGGCAAAUUGCGCCCUUUAUUGUUACUCAUUGUUAUAUGUAUCAUAUCAUUCCUUAUGGGACUCACCUGCACAACUCGGGGUGGGAUGUACAUUGUGCAACUGAUGGAUAAAUUCACAGCUUCGUAUUCCUUGCUUAUCAUUGGUAUGACAGAGUGCCUUGUCUUGUCAUGGGUAUAUGGUAUUGAUCGAUACUACAAAGAUAUGGAGCACAUGUUGGGAUUCAAACUAACCAUAUUUUGGAAGAUAAUGUGGAAAUAUAUUACACCUUUCCUAAUUGUGGCUAUCUUAAUCUUUACUUGGAUUGACUUCAAGCAGACAAAUUAUGCAGAUUAUUGGUUCCCACCCUGGGCAGAUGUGAUGGGUUGGAUGUUGGCAUUCACUUCAGUCAUACCUAUACCACUAGUAGCUAUAAUCAAAGUAUGCCUACACCCAGACAAAACUUUGACAAUAUGGCAGAAAGUGAAAGAUCUGUGUAAACCAUCUAAAGACUGGGGACCAGCAAGACAAGGAGAUAAACUGGCCCGUAAUAUGUUAGACAGAGCACCAGAUGGUGCUGAUAUACCACUUAAAACUAUUGAUGAUGCGACCAAAGGAUCAGCAGAAAAUGGAACAAAUGUAGCCCCUUCACUAUAUCCUGAUUUGAAAGAGGAGACUGCAAAGGCAUAACUUUAUAUUUGUAAUACAUCUUCAUAAUGAGGAAACACAAAACCGCUCAUGGAUACAGUGCAUUAACUGUGUUACAGUACAUUGUAAUGUUAAAUUACUACCUUGCACUUAACUUUAAGCCAUUAUUAUUAGUUUCUUAUGUCAUAAUCUUUGCAAUAUGGAUUUUGAUAUAUCAAACAUUAUUUGGAUACAGUGCUACAACAGAUACAUUGUAAUG